AUGAUUAGUGUAGCGUUGUAAGUGUAAACAAAACUUUGGCACCGUUUUGAAGCGGGUUUUUUUUCUCGUUUUAAAAAGAAUAUGUUCUAUUCGAAACAAAGAUAACACUAAUAGAGAACUGAAAAGAAAACACACAAGAUGACCAACAGAAAAUGUCAAUUUGGACCCGGAGACAGCACUCCUGUUCAUCCUUGGUAUAAAGAAAGACUCCGCACUAAGUGUCUGAAGGACCCAGUUCAGAAGCUGCAGCUCUAUAGGUCCCUGAAUGGAUGCAGAUGGCGCUUUCUGACAUCAGGACUUAAUGAUUUUAGAGAUGGCUACCCUGUACCACAGGCAGGGACUUUUACACAGCCCCAGCAUGGAACUGAAGCUGCCAUUUUUGGCCUGUCCCGUAAGCCAGAGAAAGAAAAAUCACCAAAAAGACGCUUUACCAAAGAGCAGGCGUGCUUCUCCAAACAGAAUUGUCUACGCCAGACUCGGCGCAGAUAUGUGGAUGCAGUGGAGCAGAGUCUGAAAGCUCACCCGCUCGCUCUCUAUCCACUCUUAGGAAGUGGUUUGCCACCUGAGCUGUUCCAUGAAGUCUUGCUCAUUCUGGAUCCAUCCCUGCACAUCAGGAAUGAGACUCCUCUGGCCAAGUCAGAGGAGUAUAGCAAAGAAUAUGUGGUGCCAUGUGAAGGCAUUAUUCAAGAAACCUUUUCAGAGCCAACAACAGAAUCACCUAAUAGUCCAAGUUUCAGUCAGGGUGAAGUAAAAUCAACUUCUCAGAAUCCUUAUAUACUUAAGGAAGCUAAGGAGAAGUUUGCCAAAGAAGGACCAAUGAUUAGCAACAAAAGCUUGCACGUCACACCUCUGGAUGAAGAAAUCAAGAGAGUCACAAAGCUCUUCUGUGACUGGAUUACCUCACUGGGUGAGGACACCAAUGACUUCACAGAGUCCACUAUCCUGAACCUGUUUGCCAGUGGCGGUGAAAAGGAGCCUAUGGUAACAUUCCAAGAUGUUGGAAUUAACCAAAAACCAGAGAUGAUGUGUAAAGACUAUUCACACAACCUGCAACUGAAAGAUUCAGAGCUGAACAAGGUGUAUACUCCUAGUAUAAAAACUAAAUAUGGUGCAUGGUAUUUAAAUCCUAAAACAUGGAAGAAACGGCCUGCGAAUGAGCCUCUGAGAGAACCUUCAGUGACUGAAGAUUCCGAGUUUGAGCAAAAAUUCACUGAGAAGGAUGAAGAACUGAAGCAGAUUCAUGGAGCUCAGGCCUUCAAGCAGUUCAUCAUCAAUAAAGGAUUGAGAGCUCCCGGGUUUCUUAGUUCUCUUUUUUCGGAGGAGGAGCAGGAGAGCAGGAUCAGAGUGACAGAUACCACAGCUUCACCAUCGACACACCCUGCAUCUGCAAUGCUUUAAAUACACCUCAACUAUCAAAAAUAUGGUGCAGCUGAGCAGAACUCUAACCUGACAUUUUAAUAAAGAAUAAUGACAAGAAAUU